CCGUCUCUCUCUAGGGUUCAUUUUUCGUUGAAAUGUUCAGCGCCAUGGAUGACGUCAGAGACACAUCUGCUUGGGUUGCGAAUCAUUCCUCUCAUGUCAUCGUUGAUUCUUCAGAAAUCGAGAAAGUUGUUGACAAAAUCGGUGGAGCGGUUCCUGAGGUGAGAUGGGAUUUCGAAGGGAUUCACUAUUUUGACGACGGACCUCUUACUGUUCAGUACCUCUUCGUGUUGGAUGCUUUGAACUUCUGCUUCUGGCCUGAUAAGGAUCUGACUUACGACCAUUUGGCCUCGGGACUCAAGGAUGCUUUGGAGAAGGACGAAUCCAUGUUUGAUGCUGAUCGCCUUCAACAGUUCACUGGUACUCAAUUGCGUGAAAUAUUGGGAUGGCCCAGGCCUCUCCCGCUGGAGGAAGAGCGUGUCCGCUUGUUGCAUGAGGUUGGACGAGAACUGGAAACGAACUUUGGUGGCAAAGCUUCAAAUCUUGUGGAAUCUUGUGGAAGAUCGGCUGUUAAGCUUGUUACUCUUAUCACUAGGCACUUUCCCGGUUUUAGAGACCAUUCACUGUACAAGGGUCGGCAGGUGUUUUUGUACAAAAGAGCACAGAUAUUUGUAGCAGACUUAUGGGGUGCAUUUAAGGGCCAGCGAUAUGGCGAAUUCUAUGACAUUGGUUCAAUCACCAUGUUUGCAGACUACAUUGUUCCUGCUGUGCUUCAGCAGCUUGGUGUAUUGAAGUAUAGCUCAAGCCUUUCCAGCUCUAUCAGAGAUAAUACAGAGAUACUUCCAGGCAGUGAGGAAGAGGUUGAACUUCGGGCAUGCUCUAUUCACGCUGUGGAGAAAAUAAGGGAAUUACUUAAUAUAAAAGCAGAAAAGAAGGUGUUAAGCCUCGAGUUAGACCUUUGGCUGUGGUCAGUUGGCAUCCAGUGCUCGUCUCUUCAACACCACAGGACUCUCUCAAUCUAUUACUGAGUGAAUCAUCAAAAUUUACUCUUAGAAAGUUUUUGAUGUGAUAGAAUUAUAAACCAUCAAACUCAUGUCUCGUCGUUGUCAUCAAGUGCCCGAAUUUCGAA